CCAAAUGGAUAACUGUGAUUUAGAAAAGCUAGCACUAAGCGGUAUAAAUUUGUGCCCUUGGUUUAAGCCAGACUUAACACUUUACACAGCCACAGUGGCGAGUCACAUUAGGGAGGUGACACUCGAUGUGCUGACGAGCGACUGUGGAGCCUCAUAUGUCAUUUUAUUUGGCAAUGGGUCCAAGUGCUUAAAACUGGACGAAGGGUUAAACCAGAUAGACAUCGAGGUAACCGCUGAGGAUGGCACGACCAAGAAAUACCACAUAGAGUUAACGAAGCUGUCCUCCACAGCAGCUAAACUCACUGAUCUGACCAUAAAUGCCUAUGACAAGCUCCAUCCUGACUUUUCUUCUGAUGUGAAUGAAUACUCAUGUAAGUCGUUUUUGUAUUUGAAAUCUUCAACAUACCCUGAUCAGACAUAACAUUAUGACCACCUGCCUAAUAUUGUGUUGGUCCCCCUUUUGCUGCCCCGUCAUGCACUGUGUAUUCUGACACCUUUCUAUCAGAACCAGCAUUUCAGCAAUUUGAGCAACAGUUCUGUUGGAUCGAAUCACAUGGGCCAGCCUUUGCUCCCCACGUGCAUCAAUGAGCCUUGGACGCCGGUUCACCACUGUUCCUUCCUUGGACCACUUUUCAUAGAUACUGACCACUGCAGACUGGGAACACCCCACAAGAGCUGUGGUUUUGGAGAUGCUCUGAUCCACUGGCCUAGCUGUCACAAUUUAGCCCUUGUCAAAAUCCUUACUCUUGCUCAUUUUUCCUGCUUCUAACACAUGAACUUUGAAGACAAAAUGUUCACUUGCUGUCUAAUAUAUCCCACCCACUAACAGGUGCCAUGAUGAGGAGAUAAUCAGUGUUCACUUCAUCUGUCACUGCUCAUAAUGUUAUACCUGAUUGGUGUAUGAUGAAUUGGUUAUUUUA